AUAAGAGGACAAGGCUUGGCAAAAGUAAUAAACACACCCAGAAUUCACAAGACUUGGUAGCAUUAGAACAGACCAAUGGACUUCCUUGGGAAAAACAGAAGCUUGCUCAAACAUAUUUAGGACACAACACUAAUUGCAUGCAUUAACGCUGUGUUUGUCCAGCAAUAGUCCCUCCUAUUUUGACUCCAACUCAACGGGAGGCAUUGGAUCGGCUUCGUAGGACCAGAAAGAGGAGUUUGAGGAACAGUAGGAGACUGAAGCAAAGGAUCCAGGUGGCCAUGAGAACCGCCAGACGGGCCAGCAACAUGGAGGUGCCCUCCUUCCUGCGGCAGCUGGUGAAGGAAACCGAGAAGAUGGUGACCUUCUUCUUCAAGGGUGGCCGACGGGAGCCGGGAGCUGAUGGUGAGUACUCUGAAAAUGAAGAGGACGUGGGCAGACCCUACCUAGAACGACCCGUUUUGGAGAAAGAUACAGCAGAAGGCGGGUCAAAAUUGGGCAUUAACUACGCCAUGGCCAGUAUGCAGGGUUGGCGUGCCGAGAUGGAGGAUUCCCACACCUGCAUGCCAGAGAUGGCCGAUGCCUUGCCAGACUGGAGCUAUUUUGCUGUGUACGAUGGACAUGCGGGGAGAAUGGUGGCUCAGUACUGCUCCAAACACCUGCUGGAUUUUAUUCUCGACACAGGCUGUGUGAUGGUGGAUGAGGAUACAGACCAGGUCAAAGACGGCAUCAGAGUUGGCUUCCUUAACAUAGACCGUCACAUGCACACCUUGGCCCGCAAUGACAGCUGGGACCACAGUGGAUCGACAGCGGCUGCUGUCAUGAUCUCUCCACGAAACAUCUACUUCAUCAACUGUGGUGAUUCACGGACCUUCCUUUGCCGCGAUGGCCAGGUGGUCUUCUACACGGAGGACCACAAACCUAUCAAUCCGCGCGAGAAAGAGCGCAUCCAGAACGCUGGCGGCUCCGUCACCCUGCAGCGCAUCAACGGCUCGCUGGCCGUGUCCCGUGCCCUUGGUGACUUCAGCUUUAAGGAGGUGGAAUGGAGGACUCAGACCGAACAGCUGGUGUCUCCUGAACCAGAGGUGUACGAGCUGGAGCGAAGCCCAGAAGAUGAGUUCCUGGUGGUGGCUUGUGAUGGUGUCUGGGACGCCAUCGGGAAUGAGGAGCUGUGUGCAUUUGUGCGCAACCGUCUGCAAGUCUGUGAUGAUCUGAGGGAGAUCUGCUCACAGGUCAUUGACCUCUGCCUCUAUAAGGGAAGUUUGGACAACAUCAGCAUUAUCAUUAUUUGCUUUGACGGCGCCCCCAAGGUGACCCCAGAGGCACUGCAACAGGAGGCGGAGUUAGAGCACGUCAUUGAGCAAAAAGUUGAAGAGAUCAUUAACUUGAUCAGAUCUAAAGACAAGGAACCUGACCUGCUCUAUGUGAUGAAAUUCCUGGCAUCUGAAAAUAUUCCCGGCCUCCCACCAAGUGGAGGAAUCUCAUGCAAGAAAGAUUGCAUAAUUGGUGCAUAUCAAAAAUAUGCAGCAGCAUUCAGAUCUCUUGAGCCGAUGGAUACUGAUGACUCCACCUAGUGGCCAUUAUGAUGGAGCUCAAGAAUCAAGCCUUGAAUCUCUGGAAUAUGUGAGGAGGACAUUUGUGUGCCACCUGUUUUACAGAGGUCAAAUUGUUUAGCCAACCUAUUUUUUUUUUUUAAGUUCAAUGUUGUGUAUUGUAAACAGAAAUGGGGGAAGAAGAGGGUUACGAAGGUAAAGCAUUAAACACGGACAUCAUGUUAAGCUUUUAAUGGAAAAUAUAAGGAUUUUACUUUACUUAAAGGUGAAGUGCGUAAUGUACCACUAGUGCCACCAAAUGGAAAUGUUAGUGUUUUUGAUUAAAGAUUUCAAGGGCACAAUAUUCCAUUAUUAUUAUUAUUAUUAUUAUUUAUUUAUUUUUAUUUAUUUUUUAAUAAAAAAUAAAUUAUGUUUUGAUAUGGAAACUUUAAAAUGCCACAGAGCCCAAGUUAUUAGUAAGAUUACAAAAAUAAAAAAUUAAAUUAAAUUAAAUUAAAUUAAAUUAAAUUAAAUUAAAUUAAAUUAAAUUAAAUUAAAUUAAAUUAAAUUAAAUUAAAUUAAACACUUAAUUGUCAAUCCACUUGUAACUGGGAUAAAAUAAAUAAUUCCCAUUAAAUUACACAAAAUUACACAAAUCACCUUUAAAUAAAUGUACUUUAUUAGCCUUUUAAGUAACACAUUUCUAAAUUUAUUUAAACAAUUAAUUUUACGUAACAUUACAGUUAUCGGUUGUUUCAUGACUGACUUCACGGCUGACCCAAGGUUUACAAACAUAUUUAAGAUACUUCAAUGUAUAAGUGCAUUAUAAACAUGUUUGCUUUAUUUGUUUAUGGAUGUUAAGCUCUCUUUACUUUCAGAGAGCUUUGAUUUAUGUAACCAAACCUGUACAAUAUAUUAAAAUGAACAUCUGUAAAACUUU